CCGUAUCCCAAUUCAAGAACAAAACACACGCACACACACUCACAAGCUCGGAUUAGAAGAGGACUAUAUAUGGAGGAGGUGGUGAUCGUGGGCGGGGGCAUUGCGGGGCUAGCAACGGCGGUGGCCCUUAAGAAGGUCGGUGUCCGAGCCCUCAUCCUCGAGAGAUCGACGGAGCUACGAGCGAUCGGGGCAGCUCUCGGUCUCUUCCCUAAUGCGUGGGUCGCACUUGACGCGCUCGGGGUUUCGGACAAGCUCGCGGCCCUUUAUGCUCCUUCGGACAAGGGAUACGUAACUAAUGUCCAAACCAAAUCGAUUCAAGAAGUGCGUUAUGCAUCAAAUGACCGGGAUGGAGCUCCACCAAGAACAAUUCACCGGAAAGUCUUGUUGGAAGCUCUGGCAGAGGAGCUUUCUCCAAAUACCAUCCGGUUCUCUUCCAAGAUAACUUCCGUCGAAACCCAAGUAGAACAAGGCUCGCCCAUUUGCAUGGUCACGCUUGAUGAUGGGACCGUCAUAAAGUCUAAGGCUGUUAUCGGAUGCGAUGGGUUGCACUCUAUCGUGGCCCGUUGGCUUGGUCUUCGCCCGCCGGUUUGUACAGGCCGGUCAGUAGUGCGCGGAUUGUCCUUGUUCCCGGAGGGCCACAGACUUGAGCCCGGCGUGAUUCAACAAUUUGUAGACGUGGGUAAGAGGGCAGGUUUUAUUGCUCUCAAUGACAAGGAAUUGUACUGGUUCUGCGUGGUGAUGGGUUCUCCAAAAGAAAAACUAGAUCCAGAAAUGAUACAAAGGGAAGUGAGCGAGAAUUUGGCAAAGGACUUUCCCCCCGUGUACAUCGAUGUCGUCGAGCACUCCGAUCUUUCGAGCGUGACAUGGGGCCCGCUGAUGUUCCGAUAUCCUUGGGACGUCCUGUUCGGAAACCUAGCCCGAUCAAACAUCACAGUGGCCGGAGACGCUAUGCACCCGAUGACCCCUGACAUGGGCCAGGGCGGAUGUGCUGCGCUCGAGGAUGCGGUGGUAUUGGGCCGGCACCUGGGGGACGCGAUUUCCAAGCGCGGCGGCGAACUCGUGGCUCGAGACAUCGGAUUCGCUAUACAGAAGUAUGUAAAGGAGAGGAGAUUGAGGGCGACGGCGUUGAUAGCAGCGUCGUACUUGUCGGGGUGGCUUCAACAAGGUGGGUCCAGUCGAUUGAUGAGGUUCCUAAGGGAUGUGGUGUUCUAUAGGCUUCUCAUUACUAGACUAUUCAACGCGACACGAUAUGAUUGUGGGAAGCUUCCUAGUGUCUCCUCUUUACCUUCAUCUGGUUCCAAAAGCUCCAUCUAAUUACCCUGUUGCAAUUCAUAUCUGAGAACUCCAUGUAACGGUCUUAUAAUUUGUUGUCAAUAAAGGGUGAUGGAGUUUAUUGCAAUCAUAUUGGAAAAGUUCCUGGUA